UAUGUUUGAUUGUGUGACAACGAGUCUUAUACUCUACAAACACCGGAAAUCUUAUCGUCAAAUGAAACUUUAAUAAGUUCAUUUGCAAAUGAAAUAUGUCAGAUUUAUUUAGAAAACUUCAUAAUAGGGCUAAACAAUAGUGACAAUAGUGAUCAGCAACAGUGGAAUAUAGUCGAUGUCGACCCUGUCUAUAAUGCCUGUGUAACUGAUGUGCAACUGAGUGGCAAUCUACAACUAAGUAGGGUUAUUCAUUCGGUUAAGAUACUAACAACUUAAUUAUGUACAGAAGUUGGCAAAUUUGUCUUGUUAUAGUGAUUCUGGUUUAUAUCAAUGAAUCCAAAUGUAAGUAGGAAGGAAUUUAAGAUAAAGUUUACAGCUAAAACGCAUUUCUUUUAGGCGAAGAAAUGAUGUAUCAAUGUGUCGUAUGGGGCGACCCACAUGUGACAAGAUUUCCAUCUAAUGAAACUGAAAGCCCAAGUGAAGUGUGGUGUCAAGAAGACGGUCUAUUAUGGUUGGUAAAAAAUAAAUACAUUUACGCAACAAAUUGGGUUAGCCAUUAUCCAUAUAUAGUUCUUGAUGUAAGUCAAAUCUCCGCAAAAAAUAGUGAACCCCUGGUCUAA